UAACGAGAAGCGCGAAUGAAUAACGAGUGCAACGAUUAGGGUAUAUUAUUUUCCUCGUAUCAUGGCGUAUUUUGGAAUUUUAAUUCGCUCGAAGAUUGUGUCUCUUUUCCAAUCUCAAGAGGUAAGAUGUUAUUCUACUGUGUUUCAUUUUGGUAACAAGAAGAGGUGGGAACCAGAAGAAAAGAAAACUCACACUGGUCAGGAAUGGAGUAAAGGAGAUUAUCGACUUGUUAGGUUUGUGGAUCGCCCUAAGCAGAUUAAUACAAGAUUUGCUAUUGAUCUAAUCCAAGAAAUUCCUCCUAAACCUGCGGACGCUCGAGUUACUUGGUGUGACGGUGGAGGAGGUCCUCUAGGCCAUCCAAAAGUCUACAUUAACCUGGUUCCUGGUUGCUGUGCCAUGCUUCUCCCUUAUUGGUUCAUCAUCAUCAACUGUUGACCACCAUCCUGUUCUCAUCUUACUAGGCUCACUGCUGUUUCUGCCCACUUGUUUCUUCCACUGUGGUGUUUGUGUUCUUUACUAAUAGGAUGUGAGCAGCUUCCAUAGCUUUUCUUUGUUGCUCUUCCAUACCUUUGCUGACAAUUUUAGUUUCCUUCUGUGUAGGCAGAUUUCCUGCUUCCUCUGCAUGUGCUACUAUUGUGUUGGUUGUAUUAUCUUUUGACAUCUGCUUUAUGCUCAUUUAGACUGGUUGUGAGGCAUCUGCCAGUUUUACCUAUGUGAACUUUAUUGCAUUCACCACAUGGAAUGCAGAAUACUACGCUGGUGUCUGUUGUGUGUUUCUGUCUCCUGUCCUUUACCAUCUCUAUUAUUUUUAUUUCUGUUUUCAUUACUACCUCUGUGGUUGCGUGUUCUGCAUUACAUGGGUUGUUCAGAAGCAGUUCUCCAGUGUUACAUGAUUUUCUACAGGAUGUGCUGUCAUUCUCAAUGACUGUUUGAAUUACUUUGUUCUGUGCCUGAGAAGUAAUCAAAUAAAGAAGAAAAAUAUGGUGAAAGGAUAAUAAAGACUCGCUGUAUACACAUGCAUCUGUUUAAUAAAAAUUUUUUUAGUUUU